UAUAUAUAUGAACCAACAAAAAAUUGUAUAAUUAAUGAUGUAUUUAUAAUUAUUAAAAAUGAAUGUGAAAAAAUGAUGCAAAAUAAUGAAUCUGUACUUAUUAUAAUGGAUGAUUUAAAUCAUAUUUUUAAUUUCGGAACUAAUUUGAGAGAAGCUAUGUAUUAUGUAAGAUAUUUAAGAUCAUUGAUUGAACAGUAUAAUACAGUUCAACUUUGUAUUGUAACACAUAUUUAUAAAGAUGAAUUGAAAAAUUCUUUUUCUAAUAUAUUCGCACAAACUCUUAAAUAUAUUGCUCAUUUAUUCAUUAAAAUUGAACCUCUUAAAACAGGAUAUUCUAACGAUAUAUCUGGAAAUCUAAUAAUUAAUUGGAGAAUAGAUAAUAUUAGAAUAAAAUAUAAUUGGCCGCAAAUAUCAAAAUAUAUAUAUAAGUUGUCAGAUCGUCAAGUACAAAUUUAUAUACCUGGUACAUCAACUUUGUUAAGCCCAAUAAAUCAAUUGUAUUCAUACAAGAAGGUAUCGAAGUCCAACAUGUUUCAAGCACAAUUAAUGAAAUCGUUGAACAUGAUGAAGUUCGUAUCUAUCCCAAAUUUAUUCAAUUCAAAGAAGCCAGUGAAGGAAUUACAUGUCAUCAAUCUAUCACUAUUAAGAAUACAGGCAAAAAAUCGGCUUUUAUUAGAAUUUAUCAAACCAAAUCAAUAUCUUUUCAAAUUGAAAGUUUGAGUAAAGGAAUAAUAUUGAAUCCGGGAUUUAGCAUACGAACAAUGAUUUUCAAUUGAUCUUGGUAUUAAUGAAUUAGAAAUAACGGUAAAGCCUAUGCGUGGAAUUGUCCGACCUAACAAACCAAUUCAGCUUACUGUUGAAAUAAUUGGUAUAAAUGAAGGAACAUUCGUCAGUGAAUU